AUGUCUCCCCCAAUCAUCAACAACCCCUACGCCGCAGCCCACGCAGAGCCCAAAGGACCAGGGGAUGCUCGUCCGACCGCGUACAAGAUUCUCAAAGACAACAACGUCGUUGGCAAGCUGAGCGACAAGACUUUCCUCAUCACUGGUGGAUCAGACGGUCUCGGACUCGAGACAGUGCGCACACUCGCCAAGACCGGUGCCCGCGUCUUCUUCAGCGCCAGGAACCCGGAGAAAGCUGCAAAGAUUGUCAAGGACAUCGAGGAAGAGGGUAAGGCCGAUCGUGACUUGAAGGGCGCCCGCGUUGAGUUCAUCACGAUCGACAACAAGAGCUUGAAGAGCGUCAAGCAGGGUGCCGAGGACUUCCUCCGCCGCAGCGAUAAGCUCAAUGUCUUGAUCACCAAUGCUGGCAUUGCCAACGUUCCGCAUGCAUUGUCCGACGACGGCUUCGAGAUCCAGUUCGCGGUCAACCACCUGGCCCACUUCUACCUGUUCGAGCUCCUCAAGCCUCUGCUCCUCAAGUCCUUGGUCCCAGGCUUUCACAGUCGUGUGAUCGCCAUAGCCAGCACUGCGCACGCCUUCUCCACCGUCCAAUUCGGUAAUAUUGGACAGGAGCAGAAGGUGACCUCCAAUUACCACCCAAUGUUGGAUCUCGAGGGCGACUAUACAUACAAUCCAGGCAUUGCCUACGGCCAGACCAAGACAGCCAAUAUCUGGAUGGCGAACGAGAUCGAGCGCCGCUAUGGCGGCCAAGGUCUACACGGUCUAAGCGUGCACCCGGGAAACAUCUUUACGGCCGGGUAUGGGAUUAUGGAUCCUCGGAUUGCCGCCAAGUUUGCACCGUUCUUCGAGAUGCCGGAGAUGCAGGCUUACAUGAAAUCGGUGGAGCAGGGCGCCGCUACGCAGGUUCUGGCGGCUGUUGGGAAGGAUUAUGAAGGCAAGGGAGGGUUUUAUAUGGAUGACUGUAGAGUCGCAGAACCAAUACCAGAAGGCGCUAUGCCUGGUUUCAGUGGAUAUCAGUCAUGGGCGUAUAGUCCGGAAGGGGAGAAGAAGCUCUGGUCUGAGUCGUUGAAGAUGGUGGGGCUCAAGGACGACCAAUAG